ACCACGAGGCCCGUGAAGGCAACACGUCAACGACCAAUGAGGAGCGAGCGCACGGUGACGGUUACGGUGGAGAUGUAAACAAACAGAAGCAGCGCGGCCAUUACAGCAACAACCGAGUUCCAGCGAGUUGGCUGUUUGUCUUCUCUGUCGUCGAAUAAAUCACCCCCGAAGACAUGAAAGACCCGAGCAUCAGCAGCGGGGGCCCGAACAUGACCACCGGCACCGAGUUGAUCCUCACCAGCCAGUUCAACGCCGAGGACGACCCGUUCGCCGAGUAUAUGUGGAUGGAGAACGAGGAGGAGUUCAACAGGCAGGUGGAGGAGGAGCUGUGGGAGGAGGAGUUCAUCGAGCGCUGUUUCCAGGAGAUGCUGGAUGAGGAGGAGGAGUGGGAGUGGUUCAUCCCGUCCAGAGAUCUCCCUUCUCAAAGCGUCAGCCAGCUGCAAGAGCAGAUCAGCCUCCUGGUCCUCGAUGGCGACAAAGACCUGGAUGUGGUGGUGACCAGCAGCUUGAACCCCAAUGCCAAGGAGUUCACCCCAGGCAUCCAGAAACAUGCCAUGUGACCCGGCUAGGCUCCUCCCUCCCCCCAACCCUAGUCCGCACUGUGACAUCAUCACCAAGAUGUCUGCUGUAUUUUCCAGCUGCCACUCGACCUUCAGCCUGACGUGUUGCCAAAGUUCUGCGCUCGCAUGUCUUCACAGUUACAGGUGUGUGUGUGUGUGUGUGUGUGUGUGUGUGUGUGUGUGUGUGUGUGUG